GACAUUUUUGAGUGCAAGACGUGUGGGCUGACAGGCACUUUGUGUUGCUGCACCGAGUGUGCCAGAGUCUGCCACAAGGGCCAUGAUUGUAAACUGAAGAAGACUUCGCCAACUGCCUACUGUGACUGCUGGGAGAAGUGCAAGUGUAAGGCCCUGGUGGCGGGAGUUCAGGCCUCCCGCUACACUCUUCUCAAUCGCCUGCUGAGUCACACAGACCUGGUUUCAGCUCCAAACUCUCGCGGGGAGAAUGUCCUCCUGUUUCUGGUCCAGACUGUUGGGCGGCAACUGGUUGAGCAGAGGCAGUAUCGGCCGCCCAGGGUCAGGGUAUCUGGAGCCAGGAAGACCCAGCUUGUUGACAUGGAUUUGGAAAUGCCAGAACAUGACCUGGAGCCACCCAGGUUUAGCAGGAGGGCUUUGGAGAGAAUACUCAAUGAUUGGACAGCGGUCAAGGCGAUGUUGACCACUGGCUUGAAGCAGCCAGUUACAGGGGGCCCUGAUGUGGUUUACGAGGAGCAGAUUUACCUAGAGAGUCAGAGCGGCACAGCCCGACUUGACAAGUUCACCCACUGCCUGCUGGUCAAGUGUAGUAAUGAGAUGUUGGACACUCUACUGACCACCCUGAUUCGUGAGAUGCAGAGCGAGAGCCUGCCAGCUCGAAGAGACGAGGCUCGGCGAGUGACCCGCAGGUUUGUUCGCUCUGUGGCGCGGGUGUUUGUUGUGCUCAACAUUGGCAUGCUACCAGCCUCCAGCAAGAAACGCAGCCUCCACGCCCCACCCUGCCAGCCAUUGAUGAAGUGCAAGCGGGUUUUCCAGGCGCUGAUUACUAUAGCUAUAGAAGAGCUGUGCCACAUGGCUAAUGCCUUGAUUGUCCCCGUUCGCAUGGGAGUCGCCAGGCCCACAGCUCCCUUUGCUCUGGUCAGCAUCAACUCCGAUGCUGUACAGGGAAGUGAAGAGUUGUUUGUUUUGGACCCUCUGCCACCUCGGCCAUCAUCUGCGGACACAACUGCCCAGAGAAUGCCCAUUGUGACUCACCGCUCACCCAGGCACAGGUCUCAGGCUACAUCUCAGCAACCAGCUGAUGAUGAAAGAAUGCCUGUAGAUAUUGAAGAAGUGGAAGUAGCUGAGAGUAUGCAGGUGGAUGAUGACCACAGUGACAGGGAGGACAGAGAUGACCGACAGUCAGAGCACUCUGACCGAGACCUGGAUCAUGACCCAGAACAACCCCCUCCUGACCCAGAAGAUGGCCCCGCCGAGAGUGACAUGAGCCUGGUAAUGCUGACGGAGGAGUCCGACAGCGACAGCGAGAGUAGUCACAGUAACCAGGACAACGUCAGUGUCCAGAGGUCAGCCGUUACCAUGGCUACAGCAGGCUCUGAUGCAGGUUUGGGAAGUCUGGCUCAUUUCUCUGAAGACUCGGGCGAUUCCUCCAACCAGGAGGAGGAUUAUGAGAGCGAAGCUGGAGAGAGUGAGGAAAGAGACACAGAUGAAUUCAUCUACCUGGACGAGCAGCUGGAGAGACCUACGACUGCAGGGACAGGGGCCCAAGGUCAGCGAACACUGCAGGCCCCACAAACCAUGCAGUGGGCCAUCAGACAGAGAGAGCCGGUGGCCACAGUCACCACCACGAGACCACCAACUACCACCACCACCACUAGUACAGCAGGUGGUACCAGUUUAAUCUACAUCGACCCUUCUACUCUCCGCCGCUCCGUGUCAGUGGCCGCACCCACUGUCACCAAUCAGGACAGCCCAGUGACCAUGGCAACCACUGCCAGCCAGCUGAUCACAGACCUGCUGAAUAUUUUACCUUACUACCACGCCCUGACCCCCAUUUUGCCCAGGGUCUUGGAGGUCACCCACCAGGAAGAGCAGAAUAUUCAGGUGUUCCUGGAGCAGAACUUGCGCCCAACCUGGCAGUGGUUGGUGGCAGUCAUGGACUCUACCGAGGCCCAGCUGAGGUUCGGCUCAGCACUCAGCAACAACAGUGACCCCUCUUGCCCCCAACAUCCGCUUCAUGCCAGCUACACCAGGAACCAGCGUGAGCGAGCUGGCCCCCCCAGAGAAGAGGCCAGAUCACUGCAGGUUCUGGACCACAACCGGAGACGACUCCGAUUUGGCACUCCAGCGACAAGCAGUGAUGGCAAUUCUGCACGCAGGGACUUCCUCAGCUAUGCCCUGUCUCUGAUGAGAAGUCACCACGAUGAGCACUCUGACUCCCUGCCUGUGAUAGACAUCACAGCUCUCAGACAUACAGCAUACGUGUUCGAUGCCCUCAUUUACUACAUGCGUACAGCUCCAGAUUCUGAUGUGGAGGCCCUCAGGGAUGGUGUGUCUGUCACUUCUUGGCAGGACGGUGAAGAAGGCGAGGAGGAGCAUGAUGAGGAACUCUCAGGAACAUCCAAUACAGCUGGCUUGAACAUGGAGUCUGAGAGCAUGGAUGGAGAUAGUGACAGUGCUACUCGACUUGGCAGACGCCAUCCUUUCUUCCAAAGAUCUGAUUCCACCAUUUUUAUGGGUUGUCCACCUCCUGACCCUUUCCAUACCCCACUUGUGGAGGCACUGCCACUAGCUGACCAGCCUCAUCUCUUACAACCAAAUGGGAGCAGGGAAGACUACUUUGGCAUGGCCAAGCCCACUGUCAUUUCCAAAACUGAUGAGGGAUCAUCUGUGUCUCUGGGCCAGCAGCUGCCAUUGAGCCUAGCUUUGUCCACCAGGCCUGAUGAUGAUAGACUUCAGCUUGCCCAGAAUCUCAGAAAUGCUGCAUUUCAACCAAUCUCAGCAGCACCCGCUAGCAGUACUCACCCUGGAAGGACAGGAUGGCCGACCAGCAGCACAAGUGUCAGCACAUCCAUGACCUCUUCACGGAUCACCUCAGCCAACUCCGAGUUGUUCCCUCAGAGUGUCGCUGUCAACUUGACCCUGUCUGGAUCCAGUCCGGGUUUUUCUCAGGAAGUUAUUAACCCUCUGAACAUCCCUCUUCCUAUGGAUCCUGCACCAGGUACUGUACAAGCAGCUGUGGCACCAAUCAUCUACUCUGAACCUUCAUCCAGUGUAAUUGUCGCCUCAUCAGCAGCACCACACUACUCAUCUACAACAUUCGCCCUGCCUCACCCCUCAGCUCCCGUGGCUUCUUCAGCCCCUCCAACUCCUGGUCAGCUGGCAAGGGCUGCCCUGUCGGCUUUCUCCGAGAUUGCCACCAGCCGGGAGAGAUUGUCAACAGUUGUGACCACAGCAGUCUCCACAACCCUGAGCACUGCUUUAGGGAGCAGUGCCGGCUCCUUGCCCAGCUACCAGCUUCACUUACAGCAGGCCCCAGCCCCGGGACCCCUGCAGUCUAAUCUUCCUGAUGUCACCCAGGCCAGUGUUAUUGUCCACACAGCAUCCACCCCUUCAAGCCAGUUAGCUUCAGGUCAGGUGACCCAGCAGUUGUCCUCAGCUGCUGUUGCUCAGCCUGGCACCUCCAUGUCUGGGCCCACCACUGUCGGCAGAAGCCAUGAGGAUAGUGAUGAUUCGCAGCCACCAAUGAGACCAAAGAUCCACUUUGCUUUCCUGGCUUGGUCGCAGAGUCAAAUGGCACCCUCAGCUGCUUCCUCUGCAUCUUCAUCACAAGGUUGUCAGGAAACAUUUAUGUCCACAGGAAUGCAAGCGCACUCACUCCCGGCAGGUCCGUACUCCAGCUCUGCCGCCACCGAUACAGUCAGGGACGGCUCCGAGUUGCAGCAGUCUGCCCCACCAACGGUCUCAUCGGGUGUCCCACUGGUGACAUUGACUCCAUUGUCCAGUCGCCCGGCAUCUCUCCCAUUGCUACCCACCGAGGCAGGCAGCUCUAACAUGGAGACUGCCCCGAUUGAUCUGGUUGGAGCUAAUGAGAAUGUGUCAAACACAGUUGAUAUUGAGACUAGUGAGCAGCUGGCAUACUCUGCCCUUCACGGCACUACUGCAGCAGCCACAGCACCUCCACCACCUGCUUCUGUUCCAGCAUCAGCAGUCAGACACCAGGGAGCCAUGGCUCAAAUUGUCUCCCACGACAUGCUGCUGGGAAGAUGGCGCCUGUCACUGGACCUUUUUGGCCGGGUGUUCUGUGAUGAUGUUGGUGCUGAGCCAGGAUCCAUCAUUAGUGAGCUCGGGGGCUUUCCGGUAAAGGAGGGUCGAUUUCGACGAGAAAUGGAAAAACUGAGGAAUUCCCAGCAGAGAGAUCUGACGUUGGAGGUUGAGAGAGAUAGGAAUGCCCUCCUUACCCACACCUUCAAACAACUGAACACUUAUUUCAACCGGCGCACGAACACCUCAGGCCCGCCCCUGUGUGUGCACCGGGUCAAGGUGACGUUCAAGGAUGAGCCAGGAGAGGGAAGCGGUGUCGCUCGCAGUUUCUACACUGCUGUUGCAAAUGCUGCCUUGUCUCAAGAGAAAUUACCACCGUUAGACACCAUUCUUGUGGGAGGCAAGUCCUUGCAGUACAGCAAAUCAUUAGAUCUCAUCAACCGCCUGCGGUCUCGCGACAGAGAGAGGGAGAGACAGAGAAGCACCAUCAGACAGCGCAGCCGGGACAGAGAAAUGAGACGAACAUUGUCCUAUGAUGCCCCACCCUUCUACAUGCCCACAGAUCCGCCUGCAGGAAGCUCCACCAGCGUUUCUGGGGUGGAUAACCCUGAUAGUGGCUCUGAAGCAAUCACUCAGUACCGUCGUCAGUUGGGUGAGAGGCUGUAUCCCAAGGUUCGAGCCCUCAGGCCGAGUCUAGCCGCCAAAAUUACUGGAAUGCUUCUAGAACUGUCUCCAUCACAGCUGGUGCUCCUGUUGGCUUCAGAUGAGUCUCUGAGACAGAGGGUGGAUGAGGCUGUGGAGAUUAUUACCACCCAUGGAAGAGAGAUGAGUUCUGACAGUUUUCUUGAUCUGGACAUCUUCAACUUGUCGUCUGACAAAUCCAAGACCCCUCCUUCCUCAUCAGCUGCUGCAGCAGCUGCUAGUGCAGCUCGCACUGGGGAGGGUCUGGCCUGUGAGCUCCUCAUGGAGGAUGACAUUGAAGACAACGCUCCUCUCUUCUGGCAGCCGGGGAAACGAGGCUACUACUGCCCCAGGAUAGGCAAGGCUUCACCCGAGAGACUCAACGCUUUCAGAAACAUUGGAAGAAUCAUUGGCCUGUGUCUACUUCAGAAUGAGAUCUGCCCAUUGUUCUUUAACCGACAUGUGCUCAAGUGUAUCCUGGGUCGUCGCACUGGCUGGCAUGACCUUGCCUUCUUUGACCCUGUCAUGUACGAGUCGUUACGCUCGCUGGUGGAGGAUGCAGAGACUAAAGAUGCCCAGCUCAUCUUUACAGCCCUGGAUUUGAACUUUUGUGUGGAACUUUGUGCUGAGGAGGGUGGUGAGCAGGUGGAGCUGAUACCAGAUGGUGCAGAGGUGGAGGUGACAGCUCAAAAUGUUCACAAUUAUGUGCGCAAGUAUGCCGAACACAGGAUGGUUCUUGUUGCAGAGAAGGCCCUGAAGAAUAUACGUCUCGGAGUCUUUGAUGUCAUUCCUUCCAAUUCCCUGGAUGGCCUCACAGCUGAGGAUCUGCGGCUGCUGCUGAAUGGCGUGGGGGACAUUAAUGUGCAGACACUCAUCAGUUACACCUCCUUCAAUGAUGAAAGUGGAGAAAACUCUGAACGGGUGCAGAGGUUCAAGCGUUGGUUCUGGGCUGUGGUGGAGAAGAUGAACAACUGCGAGAGACAAGAUUUGGUCUACUUCUGGACCUCCAGCCCGGCCCUGCCAGCUAGCGAAGAAGGCUUCCAACCCAUGCCCAGUAUCACUAUCAGACCGGCAGACGAUGACCACCUGCCCACAGCCAACACCUGCAUCUCCCGUCUCUACAUCCCCUUGUACUCAACAAAAGCCAUCCUCAAGAGCAAACUCCUGCUUUCCGUGAAGACCAAGGCAUUUGGUUUUGUGUAG